CAAAAUUAUGCAAACAAACGUUUUACCCAGUUUACCAAAUAACGUCAGAACAUACAUUGAAAUGUAUUUUCUAAAUUUCAUAUUUGGACUUCUACUAUCACUCAAGACUGGACACUGUCUAAAACUGGAAAGCUACAACAUAGUACCAGAUUCUAUUACUGUGUCAGGACUUUCAUCCGGAGCAGCUUUUGCUACUCAGUUUCAUGUAGCUUUCUCAAACCAGGUGUCUGGAGUAGGCCUAUUUGCUGGUGUCCCCUAUCUAUGUGCAUACCAGCUUGGAUCUUAUUUAAGCUGUAUGGAAGCCCCUAGUCUGGUUAAUACUAAUCUACUUAUAGCAGAAACUGAAGGAUUGGCUUUGACAGGAAGCAUUGAUGCAACAGAGAAUUUAAGAAACGCUAAGGUGUUUCUUUAUCAUGGAAGCCAAGAUGAGGUUGUGAAUCCUGGGAUUCUAGAGAAAAUACAAGAAUUCUAUGGAUAUUUUACAACCAACGGGGAAAUACAAUCAGUGAGUAAUGUUUCCUCAACGCACUGUAUCCCUACCCUGAAUUAUGGAACUCCAUGUGGAGUUUUAAAUUCAGAAUUGUACUUAGAGAACUGUAAUUGGCAGAUAAUAAGUACCAUGUUUAACUUGUUCUAUGGGGAAAGCAAGAUUGUUGUCAACAAAUACAGUGGAAAACUAGUGGAGUUUGAUCAAGGUGAAUUUUUCCUGAACCUACCAGCCCUCUGUGGAAUGAGCAAGUCCGGGUACGUGUAUGUGCCCCCACAAUGCGAGGAUAAACAACUCCCCUGCCGUCUAAAUAUUCACUUCCACGGGUGUGGAAUGAGUCCAGAAAAGGUUGGAACAGCUUUCAUUGAGAACUCUGGAAUAUUGGAGGCAGCAGAUGAACAUGAUACAAUUGUGUUGUUUCCCCAGGUGCAUGCUAUUGCAAGUAACCCCUACGGAUGCUGGAACUGGUUUGGAUAUCUACCUCAAGAUUUUAUAGACUUUUAUACUAAGUAUGGAGUUCAGAUGGCUGGCGUGCAUAAUAUGAUGAAGAGAGUAGCAGAUUUGUAAUCUUUUAAAUCCAGAAAUAUAAAAUACAUAAUAUGAUGUAGAGAGUA